CAUAGCACCACGCCAUCCAUUUGCCGGGGAAUAACUCCCCCAAGCGGACAAAAAAAGGUGAGUUGCGGGAGCUCAGAGAAAGGCGUGUUGUUUUUCGGUGUCCUGACAUGAAAUGCGCAACAACUACCUUUCCCUGGUCGACGGGGGCGACCUGCCUGCGCCAUGAAUGGAAGCGAAACCGUGGUCGUGACAGGGUUUGGACCUUUCAGACAGUUCUUGGUGAACCCGAGCUGGAAAGCAGCCCAGGGCUUGAAGUUGGUCGGAUUGGGAGAGCGGACGGAUGUUUACAUCAAGGAGGUACCAGUGAGUUAUGCCAAGACGCAGCAAAUCAUUGCAGAGCUUUGGCAAACUUUGAACCCAAAGUUUGCAGUACACCUGGGCAUAGCCAGAGGCUCCAGCGUCGUCAUGUUGGAGCAAACAGGGAGGAACAGCGGCUACAGAGACAAAGAUGUGUGCGGUUUCUGUCCUGAAAGUCACUGCUGCGUGGAAGGAGGGCCAGAGCAACUCUGCUCAGUCAUUAACAUGAGGGCUGUUUCCAAACAGAUCAGACAAGCAGGGAUGGAUGUCAUUUACUCGAGAGACGCUGGCAGGUACCUGUGUGAUUUUGCGUAUUACUGCUCACUGUAUCACGGGCAGGGGAACGCAGCCCUCAUCCACUUGCCCACGUCUGGCGGCCUGUCCUCAGCUGACAGACUGGUGCCUCUGCUGCAGACCCUCAUUCAGACCAUGCUCGACCGGCUGGACGACCCUUCGGGGAACGGCAUGAAGAGAUGACGACAGCGGAUUCCCCAAGCCAGCAGUCGCGCCGAGGAGGAUCCCCUAACAGAGACAUUUCGCGCCACACAAACAAAGACACCACACCACCGAGUGAUGUGGAUAAGAAAACUGUGGCUCAAAGCAGUCAUAAUUCUCAUUCAUUUAUUUAUUCAAAAUUUCAGGAAAAAAAAAAAAGAAAAUACAAGAAAUUCUCAGAUACACAUUUGGAGAUGGCAUGUCAAAAAUACCCCAUCUCAGCUAUAGGUGUGAAAAACUUUGAGGCCUCAGAUACAGAGUUUGAAAUAAGACAGAGUCUAGUGAAUGUUUUAGAUUAUUUCUUUCCCCAAUCAGGUAAUGAACACACAGAUUUUGUGAAAGUAUAAUAAUAAAAUAAUAGUAGUAGACCAAGGCCCCCUCAGAAGGUAUAGGAAUGCAAAUCAUAAAAAGAGAGGCAUGAUUAUGAUAAACCUCAAACUUAUUAUUGCAGUUUGAAUGCACUGACGCAUCCUCCAUAAACCUGAGGUUUGCAUGAAGAACAUUCUGAAAAAUUAAAAUGACAGAUGACUACGUUGCAUCUUUUCUAGUUAGUGACUGUAUGUAUAUGCUGGAAAUCUGGUCAUGCUAAAAAGCAACUAGUGUGAAGCUGUAAACUUAGGCCUAUCUUUUUUUUUUUUUUUUUUUCCCUAAUCACGUUGUGUACUCUUUACCAUGUCUACCCGUAAUCUAUGCAACAUCCCUGUCCUAUAUAUGUCCACUUGUGUAUUUAAAUGCUGUAGUUUGUGACAGGUUUGUGAUCUAAUGGUAACCAGUAAUUCAACAGUAAUUCACCUCACACUAGGUCAAUGUAAUGUCUACUCCCAGAAUUGAAAAGCUGAAAAUAUUUGUAUUUUAUCAUUACGUACAUCCAAACUGGAAAAAAACAAAACAUAAAUGCACAGAUAUGUUAAGUAACUACACAAGCUGUUUGCUUGUCAGUGGUGAUUUCUGUACUAAUAUAAUAUUCAGCAGCAGUCUGACUGUUUUUCAACCAAAAGAUUGUUCACUCUUUGAUUGUUAUUCUCUUAAAUCAAUCACAGAUAAAAUGCCUAUGAAGAACCUAGAUUGAGCACCCAAAUUUCACAUUAAAAGUUACCCAGUGGCCUAUUCAUAAUACCAUUUUUUUAUUGCUUUGGGUAUUAAUUUCAACACGGAUUUUUCCAAUAAUUUUAUGCCUCCAGCUCAGAAGCCGUUGCACCGAGACAAUGUUUGACAUGUAGCCACUGUGAGUAAAAAGUAGAACUGAGGUUUCAUGUGAAGCUUUGAGAUGUAAAAGCUCCGUCGCCACCUUUGCUCUCAGCAUUUGUGAUGACAGUAUAAGAUCAACUGAGGUGACUGUUUGAACCAGCAGCAUAACCGUACGUAGCCGUACAACAGGCCAGAAAAGGUGCGUAGAGUUUA